UCAACAUGGCGGAUGCCAAAUGAUCUAAAUCUGUUUUUCCACACAUAAUUUUGGAAACUGACGCAGUAAAAGGACCAUACUGAAGAUAUUUGUGGGCAUAUGUAAGCUCAGGUAUCAUCCCAACCAGGUAUUUAGUUCCUCGUAAGAAUGAGUCGUGGGUCCGGGUACGGCACUGUACGAGAGUACAGGGAUGACCCUGAUGAUUAUGGUUACAACCAAGGAGGACAAGCCAACUUCCAGAAGUCGUUAGAAGACGUUAGUAAUAAAGUGUUCCAGAUUAACAGCAAUGCUACUGCUCUGGAGCGUAUACUGAGGCAGAUCGGCACACGGAACGACAGCACUGACUUGAGACACAAAAUUCACGACACCGAACAGAAGACAAACUUAUUAGUAGCAGAUACAACUAAGGUCUUCAAACAGUUAGCUAAGAUCAAAGUGCCAGACAAACAAUUAAAAUUACAAGUUGAAAAACUAAAAGGUGAUUUCCAGGAGACAGUCAGUAGGUACAGUAGAUUACAACGGGAUGUAGCAGAAAAAGUCAAAGCCGUACCAUUACAAUCGCAACGUGCCACGCCCCAGGGACCGAGUGAUCUAAUUGGCUGGCAGGAUGACGACGACCAGGUAAACUUAAUCGCCGAAGAAAAACGACGAGGAGAUUUACAGCUGCAAGACGAUUUAAUCGAGACAGACUUGGCAGUGAUCCAAGAACGUGAAGAACAAGUACGACAAUUAGAGGGCGAUAUCCUCAACGUUAACGAGAUAUUCAAAGACUUGUCUGCUUUAGUGUAUGAACAAGGGGAAGUCGUAGAUUCCAUAGAAGCCAACGUGGAACGAGCUCACGAUAACGUGGAAUCCGGCAACCAACAACUUCACCAAGCAUCGAAAUACGCUAGUUCAUAUAGGAAGAAAUUAUGUUACUGUGGUAUAUUCCUAGCCAUCAUUGUGGCAAUAGUAAUCAUUAUCAUCGUUGUUGAAGUGGAAAAAAACAAGAAGAAAUAAAUGAACAUUUGGAGAGAAAAAACAUUAGGAUUUCUCAGUCUGCUUAAGCCGUAUAAUAUUAGUGUGGUUUCAAGUGUACUAUCAACGUGAACUUUGAAGAGGUGAACAUUUCAACUCUUACGCAUUCACCGUAAAUUUUGGCAGCAGACACAAAGUUCAGUCUAUCACCAAUUAAAAAUUUGCCAAAUUUUAGCUUUGCAGACACUAUUAGCCUGAAAUUUGGAGGGGGGGGGGCAUGAAGCUAAACAGGACAGCAAUGCCUCCCCUAUUGUCAAGUUCUGGUCUAAAUUAUACAAUGUUCUAUAAUCUACUUACCAAUGUUAGAUAAUUUAUUGUAAAUUUUAUAUGAAAGUAAUGUGCUAUAAGGGAAGUUCAGAGGGUGUUAUAUUUCUGAAUCUUUGUGUGACUUUGAAGGAAAGAUACUUUGCAUUUGAUCGCCUAGGUGAUAUUAUGUUGUAUGUGUUUGAGAAAAUAUGAGAUUUCUUGACACAUGAAUUUUGAAUAUGAUAGUGGAGGUAUGUGCCUUUGAGUAUCAUGCUUGGCUCCAAGAUAGCUGGAAAUUAAGUUUUACCUUCCCGAGCCAGAAAUAUCAUUGAGUUAUAUGUCCAAUGGUCGAUGACAAAAUUGGGAGAAAUUUAUUGUGUGAUAGUCAAUUUUGUAAAUAUUGAAAGGAUGUCGAUGUACUCAUGUGAAAUGAAACGAUCAAUCAAUGGUGUACAUGUACUUAAUUUAGAUGUGCAACCAAUGAUGUGCAAAAUACAGUAAUGGGGACUUCUGAACGCAGAAGAGGAAGAAACCGUAUCGGGGAUGGGGGGUUAACAUUUGGUUACAUAUCUAUGAGGGAUGUGACAAUCAAUGGGGAAGGAUACUUAGAGUUGCAUUAUGGGACCCAAUGCGGAAUUGUUACUGAUGCACCACGGGAGCUACUUGUCGAAAUUGGUAUGAUGUCCAAUCGAAUCCGCUGGUAGGUGCACUGAGUCACGUAUCUUUUUAGGGGUUCAUCUGGAAGUUGGUUUUUACACCAGAAAAACAACAAACUUGAUUAAAUAUCACUUUUUGCCAGGUCCAUUUCAUCCUUGUGCUUGCGUCAUGAUGUCAUUUUGCUGGCUCUGUUAGCUGGCCCUGUUGGGUUUUCCCAUGUGACCGCAUUUACAUCACAACCUACACUUGGGCACUGAUGAAAAGUUGCACGGCCCCUGAAUAGGUGGUAUGUGACUCUCUGCACCAUAUACAUGGAUUAUCGAAAGCCCACACCCCCUCAUUGUGAAUUUGCACAUUUAUUUGUUUGUGCAUAUUGUUUGAUGUAAUAUUAAAGCUUAAAAUAAGUAAUAUAAAUUGUAUAUAAGAU